AUGAAAUACACAGUUGUUCGUAUCAAAGCUGAGUUGGAAAACGUUAAAAACUUAUUCUGUGAUGACGACUUUUUAUGGACGUUUAAUAUAAGGGAUAGCUCCUCAUCCUUAACAAGGGAAAAUAUACAAUUUAGAAAAACGGAUGAACUAAGUAUACCUAACAGUAGAGGAACAGCUAAUUUCUUAGUUAAGUGGACAGAGUAUCCCAAGUACUCAACCAUCAAUUUUGUAGAAACAAAAAAUGCUUGCUCAUAUGGUGAAGAUGUUAGCAACGAAUGGCACGACUUUGCUAGUUUUGAAUGCAGAGGAAUAGAAAUUGUUGAGUUUAUCCCAACUAAUAAUUUUAUCGUAGAAGAUAUAAAAGGAAAAAUAUAUUAUGAUGUAAAUUUAUCUGAUCUAAAUUGGUGUGAUUACAAUCAGGAUCAUGAAAUGUGCGUAGGGAUAUAUAAUUUCGAAUAUGAAAUUAAUUAG